UUUCUGAGGGCCCGUCACAUUUAGUAAAUAUUUGAUAUUAUUCAAUUAUUUUUCAUUCAUACCUUGAGUUAUCUUGGGAGUUAAUACUUGUUGAUGAGUUGAUAACGUAUUUGGAUCUACUGCUUUGUAACUAGAAAAAAGCUGCAGCAACCUCUCUUGCAGUGUGCUGGAGUUUGGGAGGAACAGUUGCUGAUUUGGAGUUUUUUGUAUUCCCAAAAGUUUAUAAAACUCAGAAGAUGACUUUGCCCGAAGGCGAAAGGAAGAUGGAUAAAAAAGAAAAACCUUUUACGAAAGUAAUCGUGCGUAGGCUGCCCCCAUCGAUUGACCAAGCAACAUUUCUCCAUCAAGUGUCUCCAGUUCCAGAUUACAAUUGCAUCUACACUGUGAAAGGGGACUCCAGUUUGGGAGAAUACGCAUUUUCUAGGAUCUAUAUCAAUUUUUGCCAUCCAGAAGACGUAUAUAGUUUCAAGGAAAGAUUCGAUAACUAUGUUUUUCUUGAUAAUAAAGGCCAUGAAUAUCCUGCUGUUGUGGAAUUUGCUCCAUUUCAAAAAAUACCAAAGAAACGUGGAAAGGCUAGAACUGAUCCAAAAUGUGGAACAAUUGAGUCAGACCCAGCUUAUGUCCAAUUCAUUGAAUUACUGAACAAACCUGUAGAACCUGAUGAAAAGCCAGAAUAUUCAUUGCAGUUGACUUCAGAUAAAAAGAAUGAAACUAGUAUUACAACUCCAUUGCUGGAAUUCAUUAAGAACAAAAGGGCUCAAAGGAUGAAGAUUAGAGAGAUCAGACGUGAAGAGAGAAAAAGGAAGGAGUUUGAUAAGAGAAGAGAAAGAUUUGAUGAACGUAAGAAACAUCCAGAUGAUAAUUUUUCCAAUAGAAGAGACAAGUCAGCAGGCAAAGAUGACAAAGUAGAAGGAAAUGACUACAAAGAAGCUAAAUUUGAGAAAGAGAAGGAUGACAAGUUUUAUUAUAGAGGGAAGGAUAGGAAAUAUCAGGAGCAUCGUAAAUAUGAAGAUAGAUCAAAGGAAAUUAAGCCUAGAUAUCCUAAAAAAGAGUACUUAGAAAACAAAGAGGUAAAGGAUAGAGAUUUUAGACCAAAGUUUGGAUACAAAAAGGAUGAGGUUAAACAGUUUCCAAAGAAGGUGAAAAAAUAUAGCGAGAAAAGGGAAGAACGAAAAAUGGUAGCUCAAAGAGCAGAGCAAGAUAAAUCUGCACAAUCUGCCAAUACCAGUUUGACAGAGGUUUUGGAAGGUACUGAGGAAACUCCUACCAAGCCUUCAGAAAUGGAAUUGAAAACUGAAGCAACGUCUGCAGAAAAUAAAACUGAACAGCCAGAGAAACCCAGUACUGUUAGUUCAGAACCAGCCCAAAACAAAAAAGAAGUAGAGUCACCUAGAGAAAAGUCUGCUACAGACACAGAAUCAAAAGAAAAUAGUCAGAAAGAUGGUACUAAGGAUAAGGAACCUGCUGAAUCACAUUCUCAGAGAAGAAUAAGGAAUAAAGAUAGGCCAACUAUUGCCAUUUACCGCCCUGGAAUGCUGUCCAAAAGGAAGCAAGAAACUGAUACCACUGAUAAAAAUUGUAACAAAAAUGAAAGUAAAUCGGAAGGUUCUAAGAAUUAA